AUGAUCGUCUUUCUCAAUGAAUUUCACAAGGCUCAACUACCAACUGGACCACCUCGCAUCAAGCAUGGGUUACCCACCCAGAAAGUCUCAGAAGAGUGGCUUGAGAUGUGCAAAAGCAAUGAUGCUGAGGAUCGGAGGCAGAUGGAUGGCAUACCAUGCAUCAUGGGUGGGUUGACUGCGCUGUGUGGCAGACUUGACAGGCGGGGUGGGAACUUCGCUUGGAAGACCCUACCUGCCCUACUAGCAAAACACAGCUGCGUCAUCUGCAACUAUCCUUACAAUACUCUCAUGCCCAUUCCACUUCCCCCACCCUCCUGGAGGUUGAUUGCUACACAGCAACCUCCCGUACUCGCUGUACCUGCCAGUCAAUGUCACACCAGUGAGCUCAUUCUGAAGAUAGUCUCCCUGACACAGCAUUCGUCGAUGACGGACAUCAGAGUCGAUCAGCUUGAUGAACUUCUUGGGCCCCAGGAGAAUUAA